CAUUUUCCAGCUGUCAGAGCUCUGCUCUGCUGCAGUAAUCCUUCAUGCUGGUAAUGGCUCUGCAGAACUCAAUGCUUUGUACCGAGGGAAUAUUUCUUUUGCAGAGUUUUCACCAUAUGUUAAUGUGAAGAGUGAACAGUAAAUGGUUAAUCUUACUGCGAUCUGGUUCUUAUUAACUGGUUUAUCUCGACGUUAAAUUCGACGUUAUCAGUACACGCGAAGGAGAAUGUUACAGUGAAAAAGCGGCAUUAUCAGGUGUUCCAAGUGCUGCAAUGUCAGCUCAAUCCAGCAUCAAGUCGACGCCGCCCAGCGACAAGGGCAGUAAACCGACAUCAAGUAAGCCCACCCAGGCGUUAUCAGGUGUUCCAAGUGCUGCAAUGUCAGCUCGAUCCGGGAUCAAGUCGAUGGCGCCCAGCGACAAGGGCAGUAGAACGACAUCAAGUAAGUCCACCCAGGCAAGAGCCAAGGCAGAAGCCGCCAAGGUGCGACUGCAUUACGCCAAACAAGAAGCAGUUUUGAAAAUGAAACUGGCCACCAGAGAAGCCGAAAUCCAGAAAGAAAAGGCUGCCAGAGAAGCCGAAGCGGCUGCCAGAGAAGCCGAAGCGGCCGCCCGAGAAGCCGAAAUCCAGUUGGAAAUGGCAAAAAUAUCGACAGAGUUGCAAGUGCUGCAGCUAGAAAGAGAAGAAGAAGCUGCCAUGGCGGAAGCAAAGUACAUAAAAGAAGCUGAAGGGUCGCGUGAUCUGACCGAAGCAAGAUCUACUUUAGAAAGGACCAGACUGGAACGCACAAGCGACUAUGUACAAUAUCAAACAGACUGGCAGGCUCGUCUCCCCUCUCCAUACGUAUUCGAUAACUUCCCCAGCUACGAGGAACCUCAGAGAGUCACGAUUGCAUCACAUCCAUACGAGGAAGGAAAUUUACCCUCACGGCUCCGUGAUGAAGUCAAGAAUGAAAGAACCGACAACGCUCCUUCACCCCCACAACAGGACGGCGGGGAGGGAGAGGUUCACUCCAGGACAACAAUUGUCAGCUCGAACUGUACAGAAGUUUGCGGUCAAACUCAGUCAAGCCGUUCUUGUUCCGAGAUCUGCCUCACUGAGGUGUACCCUAAAGAAGCACAACAAGACAUUACCAAGUGUAAAGUAACCGACGAGACGCUAGGUCAGUCAGUUUUCAUUCAAACCGAGCACGGAAACAAACUUGCACAAUCAGCUCAAGAUACCAUUUCUUUAAAACCCAAAGACACCAAGGUCUUCAGAGAUGAAGCAAAUAAUGGGGUUGCCCCAUUGCCUUUCAGAGAACCAUGCCAGCGCUCACCAGAUAACAAAGAGCAGGCAGUCAAACGGUUCACGUCCUUACGGAAAACCCGGAAAAGGAAACCUGAGAUGCAGCAACACACCCGAUUGGCCCACGAGGUACUGUGCAUCCUAAUGGCACAGGUCACAGCCAUUAUAAACGCACAAUCAUUCCUACCUGUGUCUUCUGACCCAGAAAACCCCUUCAUCCUUUCGCCAUCAAUGCUCCUUACACAGAAGGCAGGAGCACCUCCUCCACCAGGAGACUUCUCAGACAAGGAUUUGUACACAAAGCAAUGGAGACAAGUCCAGGCUCUGGCAAAUCAGUUCUGGCCUCGCUGGAGACAAAAAUAUCUACCUUUGUUGCAACAGAGACAAAAGUGGACAGAACCCCGCAGGAAUCUUCAAGUUGGAGACCUAGUCCUGCUCAGGGACAAGCAGAUCACCCGCAACAGCUGGCCAAUGGCCAGAACCACUGCUACAUUCCCUAGCGAGGAUGGACAUGUCAGGAAGAUCGAAUUGAAGACUACCGACCAAGGCGAUGUGAAAAUUUACCAAGGGCCAGUUACAGAAGUUAUUCUACUUCUACCCAAUGACUGAUUAAGAGACUAAGUUUUGUACUCUGCUCAUUGUGACCUUACGAAGGUCAAGCGGGGAGUGUGCUGUCUUUACGACAGUUAUUUAGUUUAUAAUAUUUUCGCUUAGUAAUUCAUUCAAUAGUAUUCUCUAGUUAGAAUUAGGAGUGUUUAAAGUAUAUUCAUUGCAUGUAAAAUAUAUCGGCAUGCGAUGACGUCACAUCCGGUUUCGCCGCGUCUUGUGGGAAAACACCGGUUUGAAAUUAGCGCGAGG